AUGAGGAUGACGCAACCGUUCAAAGGGGCUAACGUGUUCAUGUCCCGAAAUCUGGUGCCGCCUGAAGUAUUCAACACACUUCUCGAUGCCUUGAAGCUUAACGGUGCCGAAAUCUUCCUCUGCUGCGAUCCUUCCCGGAACGGUCCCUCCGAUUUCCACGUCAUCGCUUCUCCCGAUCACGAGAAAUUCGAGGAUCUUAAAGCUAAGAAUUGUAAUUUGAUAGGUCCUCAAUGUGCGCUCUCCUGUGCAAAAGAGGGUAGAGCGCUGCCACAAGGGGGAUUCACUUGCUGCCUAGCCAUGGAUGGUCUUAAAGUUCUCGCUUCUGGGUUUAAGAUGGAUGAGAAGGUCAAGAUCAAGGAUAUGGUUACUUCCAUGGGGGGAGUUUUGCUUUCUAGAGCUUCUUCAGAUGUCAACUUCGUCAUUGUGAAGAAUGUCUUGGCUAGCCAGUACAAGUGGGCCCUGAAUAAAAAGCCAGCUGUUGCACUGAACUGGUUACAUCAGUGUUGGAAUGAGCAUCGUGUGGUUCCUCAGGAACCGUAUAAGAUUCCUCCCUUUUCUGGAUUGACAAUUUGUGUCACAAAAAUUCCAGCAGACAAGCGGAAGGAAAUGGAGAAGCUAACUUCAGAAUAUGGAGGGAGGUACUCUGCGGAGCUAACAAGGAGGUGUGACAAAUACAAAGUUGCUCGAAAAUGGGGUCACAUUCAGAUUGUUACACUGAAAUGGUUUGAACAGUCCGUCGCUAGAAAAGUUUGUCUCAAUGAAGAGUCAUAUCCUGUUCUGGGUUCCAUACCCUUGAAAAAAGGGGUGAGAGAGAAUGCGAGCCAUGAUGAUCAAGAAAAAUUCCGUGAAUGUCAAAUAUCAGUGUCACAUUCGGCUGCUCCUGCGACAGACUCAUAUGCUUCUUAUGCUCCGUCUAGAGACUCAGAUAUGGAAGCUUGUGCCUCGCAAAAUCUUCAUUCCACAUCUAUAAAUCCCAGUACUCAUGCUAAAGAACCAAGUAAAGGCCCAACAACAGAGCCGCAAGAGCUGAAUUUUGAUGGCUGUACUGCCAGGGAUUCAGAAUCUGAAGACGACCUUUACUUAUCAGAUUGUCGAAUUUUCUUGCUUGGUUUUGAAGCUUCUGAAUUGCGUAGACUUGUAAAGUUGGUCCGAAGAGGUGGUGGAUCACGAUAUAUGAUGCUUGGCGACAGAAUGACACACAUUGUGGUUGGAACUCCUUCAGAGAGUGAGAAAAGGGAGGCGAGGAGUGUUGCAGCUUCGGGUGUCAUUCAAGUAGUUACACCUGGUUGGCUUGAAGAUUGUGAUCGUGAGAAAAAAGAAAUCCCCAUUCAUAAAAUAUAUACUGCUCACAACCUGAUUCUUCCAAGAGGGAUGUCAGGUAUGGAACAGGGUAAAAAUACAGUUCCUCAGACCGUGUCAUAUGAUUCCUCUUCAAGGAGUAUCAGUGCCUCAAAUGAGGCAGUAACUUUCCUGGGAAAGAAUAAAGAAGCAAUGCUGGAAUCUAGCAGGAAAGAUGAGAUUCACGUGGAAAGAAAAAUAGUAUCACCCAAGCAAAAAGAAACUCUUGAUUCCCUUAUAACUAAUCAAAGCAAAGAACAACCGAAAAUUCAAUGCGCAAUUAAUAGUCAGAACGAGCAAGAAAGAAAGUCAUCGGUAUUUGAGGGGAAGACAUUUUGUUUCUCACAUUCUUUUCCUGAAGAUAGGCGACCUGAAAUGGUGGAAUGGGUGAAUCAAGGAGGGGGAGAGGUUGUAACUGAUCCUUUUAUACAUAACACAAAUUUUACUAUUGAAUGCCAUGGUAUGUUCCGUAGUGCUGGGACUACCGAAACUAUCUAUGUCUCAAGUCACUGGGUUCGAUCUUGUUUAGAGGAUGGUUGUUUACUUGAUGUUAGAAGUCAUAUCCUCUAUUCGCCUCUUCCCUGCCAGAUUCCUUUGCCUGGAUUCCAAAGUCUUCGCUUUUGUGUUUCCCAAUUUGAAGAGAAGGAUAAAUCACUCAUGAGAAAUCUGUUUUUUACUCUUGGGGUAAAAUUUGUGGAAAAGCUGACCAGGAAAGUGACUCACUUGGUAUGCAACGAUGCUAACGGACGUAAGUAUGAGGCAGCUUGCAAGUGGGGAACAGUUACCGUGACACCUGACUGGGUUUAUGAAUGUGUUAGACAGAAUCAAGUUGUUUGUCCUGAUAAAUUCCAUCCAAAGGAAUUGACCACUCAAGACCGAGAUGCAGGGGUUGGCUUGCCCAGUCAGUUGCAUACACAGUUUGUGCCAGUGGCCUCAAGAAACAAUGGGUCUCUGCUUGUAAGCCACUCUGACGACAGAGAAGAAACUCAAACUGCUGGCAAUGGCUGCGGUAAAACUGAGCUAAACAACAGGCUUGUAGAAACUGGAAGGGAACAGAGUUCCCAGUCAAAGAAGGCAAAACUUUCGAGAGAUGGUGAUGUGUUUCCUGUGGGUGAAUAUCCGAGAAAUUGUACUCUCCCUUUGAAGUUUGGAGAUGGCGUUGUGUCUAGAAAUGACGUAGCAAGUAGUCGUGAAGUUCCAGAUGUGGCUGAUACUAUUGAGGAUCUGUUGCAGCAUACAAGUAAAAUUCAAGAGAAGAAGUCUCCUGGAAGAAUUACAGAGAAAAAUCCUUUUUCAACUAGUGAACCAUACAGCAGCGGGAAUCGUUCCCUCACUGGCCUCUCUGGUCUAUGGAAACCCAGUGUGCAGAAGGAUGACGACGUAUUCAAACCUCCACCAGAUGUAACUACAAGCAUUUAUGGAAACUUCAGUGAGACGCAGACAGAAUCUCAGGUUGUUAGUUACGAGGAAGAUCUUUCAGGAAUGCAGAUGCUUAUAGACAGAGUUAGAACGCGAAGCAGCUUUGGAUAA